UUUUAGAAGUUGGCAUUAUACGUUGCGACGGUUUUUUGAAUGUUGUUUACACGCGUUCCGCGCUCUGCGAGCGAUAUAACGUGGUUUUGAUGUGUCCAGCAGGAUUCGGUUUGCGUUUUUUGGGUGAGAAGGGUCACAGGCAAUAAUGCCCGAACGAUUUACGGUAACGAAGUCGGCCGACUCCGCGAAUAUAUAUAAAUUUAGCCGAAAUAAUGCAACUGAAGAAGUUGUUGAUAGGCCGUCAGAAAAAUUAUUGCCGGAAGCUAAUGAUACUAAUUUGUUGAAGGAAACCCCGGAAAUUGGUAAGACUUUGAUCGAAAGCUCCAAGCCGAGUAUCGUAUUGCAAAGUGGAGAUGGAACCGACGAACAACCUUUCGUGUCCGAGAAGAGGUCCGGAUAUGAAACGAAUCUCUUCCUUUACAAGGAAGAGAUGGAGGAUAGGCCAAGGGUUUCUACUAUGAUAAGUUCCUUGGCCAACUACUCCAAUACAAUUCCUCCAGCAUCAACAGAUCCUGAUGCAAGACCGGCUAAAGGUGGUGCUCGUAUGGGCACAUUGAUCGGCGUUUAUCUCCCUUGUAUUCAAAAUAUUUUUGGUGUUAUUCUCUUCAUUCGUCUAACAUGGGUUGUGGGUACUGCGGGAGUGAUACAGGGCUUCCUGAUUGUUUUGUGCUGCUGCUGUGUUACCAUGCUGACGGCCAUCUCCAUGUCGGCGAUCGCCACGAACGGUGUAGUCCCGGGAGGAGGAAGUUAUUUUAUGAUCUCGCGGUCUUUGGGACCAGAAUUUGGCGGAGCUGUGGGGAUGCUAUUUUACACAGGUACCACGCUGGCGGCUGCCAUGUAUAUCGUUGGUGCCGUGGAAAUAGUACUGACAUAUAUGGCGCCGAGUAUAGCAAUUUUCAAAGAGAACACAGCGGAGGCUAUGUAUAACAACUUUAGGGUUUUCGGAACUGGUCUUUUGGUGAUCAUGGGAACGAUUGUUUUUGUGGGAGUCAAAUUUGUUAAUAAAUUUGCAACAGUUGCUCUCGCAUGCGUCAUCCUAUCGAUUGUGGCUGUUUAUGUUGGGAUUUUCUAUAACUUCAAUGGAACUGAUCGAUUGCAUAUGUGCGUUUUGGGUAACCGUCUUUUGAGAAGCGUGGAGAUUUCGGGUUGUAACAAAAGCGAAAACGGUGCUUUAUUCCCUAUAUUCUGUAAUGCAACCUACUGCGACCCUUAUUUCGCGGCUCAUAACGUCAGCGUAGUAAAAGGAAUCAAAGGAAUCUCAUCUGGGGUACUUUUAGACAAUUUGUACGACAGUUUCUUGGAAUUGGGGCAAUUUAUUGCUCGCGGGAGGAACCCAGAAGACAUUGAAAAUAUUGGUCACUCAACUUUCAACCAGGUUUACGCGGAUAUCACAACAUCUUUUACGAUUCUCAUCGGUAUCUUCUUCCCAUCGGUCACCGGAAUUAUGGCUGGGUCUAAUCGAUCUGGAGACUUAGCCGAUGCUCAAAAAUCCAUCCCAAUAGGAACAAUUUGCGCUAUAUUAACUACAUCGACCGUGUACUUAUCGGCUGUCGUACUUUUUGGGGCAACUGUUGAUAACUUGUUACUAAGAGACAAAUUUGGAGUUUCUAUCGGCGGGAAACUCGUCGUGGCAAAUAUAGCUUGGCCAAAUGAAUGGGUGAUCCUCAUAGGAUCUUUCUUGUCAACCCUCGGUGCUGGACUCCAAUCUUUAACCGGAGCACCUCGUCUGCUUCAAGCAAUCGCCAAAGAUGGAAUUAUACCGUUUUUAUCUCCAUUCGCGGUAUCUUCGAGCAGAGGAGAACCAACGAGGGCCUUAAUUUUAACUCUUCUAAUUUGUCAAUGUGGCAUUCUUCUCGGAAAUGUUGAUUACCUCGCGCCGUUAUUGUCAAUGUUCUUUUUAAUGUGUUACGGAUUCGUUAACCUCGCAUGUGCACUACAAACGUUAUUGCGUACACCAAACUGGAGACCAAGAUUCCGUUAUUAUCAUUGGUCCUUAUCGUUCAUUGGAUUAGCUUUGUGUAUCGCUAUUAUGUUCAUGACGUCAUGGUAUUACGCGCUAGUUGCAAUGGGUAUGGCAGGAUUGAUUUACAAAUACAUUGAAUAUAGAGGAGCUGAAAAGGAGUGGGGAGAUGGCAUUCGAGGUUUAGCUUUGUCGGCGGCUCGUUUCUCAUUGUUACGUCUUGAAGAAGGACCUCCGCAUACGAAAAAUUGGAGACCACAAAUUCUUAUUUUGGUCAAAUUAACUCCUGAUCUUGUACCUAAAUACAGAAAACUCUUCGCGUUUGCCUCUCAAUUGAAAGCGGGCAAAGGUCUAACAGUUUGCGCCUCCGUUAUUAAUGGGGAUUACACAAAAUCGUACGGCGAAGCUAUGGCCGCUAAACAAAGCCUAAGAAGGACUGUUGAAGAAGAAAAGGUUAAAGGUUUCGUUGACAUUCUCGUCGCUAGAGAUGUCGUAGAGGGAUUAUCACAUCUAGUGCAAACAACUGGAUUAGGAGGAAUGAAACCUAAUACAGUCAUUCUUGGCUGGCCGUAUGGUUGGCGCCAAUCGGAAGACGAACGUACAUGGCAAGUGUUUUUGCAAACGAUCAGGAAUGUGACAUCAGCUCGGAUGGCGCUGUUAGUACCGAAAGGAAUCAAUUUCUUCCCGGAUUCCACAGAGAAAGUCGUUGGGAAUAUCGACAUUUGGUGGAUCGUCCACGACGGCGGUCUCCUAAUGUUACUCCCCUUCUUAUUGAAACAACACCGAACAUGGAAAAAUUGUAAAAUGAGGAUAUUCACCGUUGCCCAAAUGGAGGACAACUCAAUCCAGAUGAAAAAAGAUCUUAAAACAUUCCUUUAUCAUUUACGUAUUGUUGCUGAAGUAGAAGUAGUCGAAAUGAUGGACAGUGAUAUUUCAGCUUAUACUUAUGAACGUACUUUGAUGAUGGAACAAAGAAAUCAAAUGUUAAGAGAAUUACGACUCAAUAAAAAAGAAAGCUUACAAGUCGUACAGACGCUGGUGGAUUUCAACGCCGUGUCGGCGGAAGAGAAACUGCCACUGGUACAAUCGAUUGUGGAUCAACAUCACCCCGAUGCAAAAACCGCCACCAAAGUGAGGUUCCAAGAACCUGGAAGUGAUGGUGUUGUUGAUAACAAACAAGAAGAGGAACCAUCAAAUGAGCCUAUUUCCGAUGAAAAGGCUCCACUGGAAAAUAACAUCAAAGAGAAGGAGGAUGCGUCUGAGAAAGAACCGGAAGUUACAACCAAGGAGUCCCCUGCUAAGAACGAUGCUAAACCAAUUACAACCCCUGAUGAAGGAAACGUUCGUCGGAUGCACACAGCGGUGAAAUUGAACGAAGUGAUAGUCAAUCGAUCACACGAUGCUCAGUUGGUGAUUUUGAAUUUACCAGGACCACCGAAAGAUACCAAAUUGGAACGGGAAUCAAAUUAUAUGGAAUUUUUGGAAGUGUUAACAGAAGGAUUGGAGAGAGUGCUGAUGGUCAGAGGCGGUGGUCAAGAAGUGAUAACGAUUUAUUCGUAAAGUGAAAUUAGUAAAAAGUGAAACCAAAGAUACUUAUUUAUUCUCCUCGUAUUAGUUUCUGGCUCUUGCAUAUCGUUGCAGUUCGGAAACGAAGCUGUGUCGAAUCAAAACAAAAAAAAUUUAAGAAAAAAAUAAGGGAAAACUUAAAGUUAAAGAAAAUUUAAAGUAUAUUAAAAAUACCAAAAAGUAAAACUCUGCGAAUGCUCACUUUUCUACACCUUGUUGGAGCUCUAUGCAUGCGGUGUUAACGAUUAGGAUUUUAGCGAUGUAAGAUAUGUUGUAGUGUUUAGCCAAAAAAAAAAAACAAGAAAAAUGGUUACAUUAAACAAAUCGAAAUGUACUCGUGUAGUUCUGUUAUUCAAGAGAAGAUCGUAUUUAUAUCAGAUGUUCUACGACUUGUUACUUUUACUACCUUUAUGUUGUUCUAUAUUUUUUUCACUAUCGUUUUUUCUCUAUUUAAUAAGCAUUUUAACUAUGUACAAUCCAUAUAAAUAUUAAAAAGUAUAUUAUAUCUAUAAGCGGUUGUGUCAGGAUCAUCUUUGUUAAGAACAAAAAAACCAAUAAAAAUGUAAUAAUGGUGGAAGAACCUGACACGACCGCUUACAACUCAGCUAUAUUUAUAAUAAGUAUAAAUAUACUUAAAGCAAUAUUAAAAGUAAAAAAAAUCUUUAUGAAUGUCAAAUUAUGAACAAAGGUGAUAGGAAUACGUGACAAACGUGACACGAGGGCCCUUCUAAUAUAUUCACAUACGUUCAGUCCAAAUUUAAUUUUUUCAUUAUAUAUAAGUACGAAUUUUAUUUGUAAAAAAAAUUUAAAGUAGUGAAAAGCAAUUUUAUCAACAACUCCAUUUCGAUACAACACACCAUAUUGAACACCAAUUUAUUCGCCAUACAACAAAGCGAAAUAUAAAUAGCCGAUUAGGACACGAAGCGUUCGGUCGCCGCCAAACAACAAAAAAAGGAAAAUUUGCCUGAGCGACUGGACGCUGUGAGUAUAUUCUGUGCCCCAUAGAGGGCGCCCACACUGUCCACCUACGGCCUGAGUGUAGUGAUAGUGCACUAGUGAUCUCAACUAGCCUUAAAGGUACCUUGAUAUAUUGAAUCCUAUUUAUUUAAAACAAAAAAAAGUAUAAUGACAACAAAAAAAUCGUGUACCAGUAGCGUCGCCACGUUAAUACGCCGCCGCACGCCAACCACCUAUGACCGUUGGCGCCGCGACGCCUAGCGACGGCGGCACCGAAACCGCGGCGACGCCUUUAGUGGCGAAAGAACUACUAAGAAGAAUUAUUUAUUCGUUUCGUCGUCUCGAUCAUGAUCACUAGAGUGUUAUGUAAAUGGCGCAAUCGUUUUACCUUAUUAUAUGACCAUGUGUUCAUUGAGUAAAAAGUACGAAAUAAAAUUGUGUAUAGUAGGAGGUCCGAUUAUUUUCUUUUUAUUUUUUUCAUUUUUUGACGUUCAUAAUAAACCUUAAAUAAAGAACUCUUCACUAUCAUCUA